CACGCACCUGCAUUGUUUCAAUCAUGUCUAAAUUGUCAAUUUGCGAAAUUUGUCACUGGCGACAUGCUUUCGCUUGAAAAACUCGCCAAUGCCAAUAUUAAAAAUCGCGCUGAGUAUACACAACUUUCCACCGAAUUAAACCGACUCGAAAAAGAGAAAAAGAAUGAGUUGCGAAUGUUUAACAAUGAGAUACAGCGCUUCAAAUCGAAAUAUUCCAAGUCCAACUUCAGCACGGAUUCACCCGAGGCCUCUAAUGUUAAAAUGUACGAAACGCACAACCCGGGAUUUUGCUACAAGAGGAAUGGGGAGCACAGGGUGUUGCAAGUCAGCGAAAACACGCCGCCAGUCGAUUUCGAAAGACUACAUUUUUUACUGUUCACAAAUGGCGAAGUAGAUAUUGAAAAAAUCCUUUGUCUUCAUUUACUCUCCUCGCAUGAAACGGACCACUUGACACCACCUAGGAGACCUCGAACUUCCGGUGGUUUCAUGAAAAAAGACUCGCCAGUAGAGCAACUAAUCGAACGGUCGAAGGAAAACCCACGAGAGGCUGUCUUAAGAGCAAUUCUACCGACCUAUAUCCUUGAUGUAAAUAAAGGUCACACUAAACGAACCCUUUUGGACGAAAGACUGUCAGCUCGUCUGAUAGUCAACGAAAAAAUUCUCGAACUGAUUAUGACCGUGAUCACGGCUUUGGAAAACUCAAACCCUGAAAAAGUCCAACACUUGAUAAGUCUAGCUGAAGACCCGAGCAGCCUGAAACGAAUUUUCAGGAAGCAACACAUCCAAGACUUCGUAAUGACGCUGAAAAAUCACUCGUUGGUCAACAGUUGCAGUUCGUUUAUUUUGACUCAACCUAACAAAGUCACUCCUAGUCAUAUCGCAAUUCGGACACCGACUGGUGCCCUUGAAGACCUGGUCCGUUAUAUCCGUGCAAAUGUCUUGCAGUUUCCCAAACGGAGCAGUUUUAAUCUCAUUGAACCAGAAUCUAGAGAACUCCUCACAAUUGAACGAAGCAAAAUGUCGACCAAAGUUAGUAACUUAAGCACGAAACCGAUCACAAUAACGAUGCCAAAACCAGAGUUUCGGAAAGAAUCAAAGGACGAAGCGUCACGUUUUCGUCGGAAAAGCACCAACUUUAUCAAGAAAAAUAUCGAGUCAAUCCCGAAUUAUAAGCGAGGUUCGGAAGAUGAAAAUUUCACAAAUAAGCCGAAAAAAAUCAGACGUGCGAGCACCGACUCCAGUCGAAGAACGGUUCCAAAUAGCCGCAAAAGUAGCACCACUAGUGAUAGAAGCAUGCUGGACUCUCCUCUCAAAAAACAUGAGCAUAAGAAUGACGAAAUUAAAGUACAUUUGAAGCAAACAACGUGUCCUGCGUGUAUGGAGAAGUGGAAGAUCCCGCUUCCUUCGCCCAAAGUGCCGCGGUACAAGCGACCAAGUUCGGGAUCAACUUCCAGCGAAGUGCCUCAACCAAUCAUUAAAACGGACAGUAUGCGAAGAAUUAGUAACAUGAUUGAGAAGGAACAGUUUGUUUUGAGUUCGUACGACCGCAGAUAUUCCAAUGUGAGCAGUGGGUCGAACCAAAGCAGGCGAAAAUCGAGUGUUCAGAGCGGUUCUUUGGACUUGGUCGCUUUGAAUAUCUUGGACUUGGAGAAAAUUCGGCAUGAAAUUCGGGAGAAGGAGACGCAGAAGAAGCUUGAGAAGUUUCUAGGUGCUUGAAGCUCGAAUAAAGCACUUUCACUGUGA